UAGUAUUUUUUGUUGGAUGUCUUGGACGGCAUAGCCAAAAGUGAUGCGUAAAGACCUAUAUUCAGCUGGGGAAAAAAAGAAAGGAACUCGCAGCCCCCAGUCAACGGUCACGAUGUAUAUCCAAAACAAAUUGGCAGCUGGUAUUGUCCUCCUGAACAUAGCGUUAUUUUCUUACGUGUAUUACUACGCCCAGGAGCAGAAAGGGUACGCUCCGGUCAUCGCUCAAACCAGCAUUCAGCCCUCCAAGAUGAAAAAUACCGAUGACUUGCACAACGUAACGGCCAACACACGAAAGGUGGGGAUCAAAAUUUACAACAUCGACGUUCAGCAGAGGGCUAGCGUCGGACCGUCCGACUUCUGGCGGCCCGAGUUGAAUUUGUCAUCUUUGCCGCCAAGCUUGUACAAGAGGGGGAAACUGGUAUUUGAUUCUCUACCAAAGACAUAUCUGCCAGGGUAUAAGAGUGCGUGCUGGAAGCUGAAGGGAGCACUCAAAUGCUGGCCCUAUUUUUAUCUACUUGGAAUGCCCAAGUGUGGAACGACCGACUUGUGGUCGAAGAUAACCAUGCAUCCUGAUGUGAGAAACACCGUAAAAGAGCCCCACUGGUGGACUAGGGCUAGAUUGUCGACAGGGAAUCUCGCUGGCUACGCAUCCCGUUCUAAUAAGAUGGUACAGCAGUUCAAGUUACAUCCAUCUAUGAAAUCACGACUCAUCAUCGGUGACGGAUCCGCGUCGACCUUCUGGGACAACCAUUCGUGGGAUAGAUGGGAUGGAAAACGCUAUGAAGGUCCAAAAUACGUCACCGCUGACGUCAUUAAUGCAGCCCAACCGGACGCAAAGCUUAUCGUCAUUCUUCGCAAUCCUGUAGAUAGGUUGUACUCCGCUUACUUAUAUUUCAACAGAAAAAACAAAGUCAGUGUGGAUCGUUUCCAUAAAGCGAUUGUGGAAGUGAUAGACAGAUUCAACACGUGUCUGCAAACGAUGAGCUUUCGGGGAUGCACAUACAGCAUGGAACGGAUUCAGAACAAAUUUCCUUCACCUACUCGGCCCUAUGUAGGCCUCUACGCCGUCUACGUUCGUGAUUGGUUCAGGGUCUACCCACGUGAUCAGCUCAAAAUCAUGACAUUGGAAGAUUGGCAUGUCAAUUGCACAGGACUCCUUCCAGAGGUAUUCGAUUUUCUUAAUCUGGAAAAAAAGUCCGGUAAGACGAUAGCGCAAUUUUGCGAGAAGAAAUUGCAGAACGGCAACAAGUUCAGGUUACAUGCGAUUGGAGAUAUGCUUCCGAAGACGAGAAAGCUUUUAGAAGACUUUUAUGAAGGUCCAAACAAGGAACUAAGUCUGUUACUGGGGGACGAUAAAUAUCUAUGGCGAACGUGAUGAUGAUUCCUUGCUCUCCGGGACAGCACAGCACUGUCUGAAGAUAUAACAAAGUUUCAAAUUACAAAAACAAAUUAUUGCAUUUGCUAGAAACCCCUUUAUUCCGUUUAAUAUGAUGAUGAUGAUGAUGACGAUGAUGAUGAUAUGAUGAUGAUAUAAUGAUGAUGAUGAUGAUGAUGAUGAUGAUGAUGAUAGUGAUAAUGAUUUAAAUAAUUGCAACAAUCUAGCCAUCCAGCUGCAAGGAUUCGUUUUAAUACUAUAGUAACCUUGAAUCGAGUAAAAUCUUAAUCUUGAAUGAUGGUAAUAAUUUGAUUUAUAGAGCGUCGUUACCAGUGAAUACAAGCCGCUGUCACUUAAAUGCAUAUUAAUUUUUGUCUGCAUAAUUAAAUGGUUACCAUUUAUCAUUUUAUCGUUGCCUGGUAGUUGUACUAUAAUUAUAUGCUAUGUAGGUUAUGUUCUAUCAUGUAUGUUCCGUUAUAUAAAGAUUUUGUCGUCACUGCCAACCAGUUUGUUUGCCAGCACGGCUACACUUAAUUUUUCUUUUUACUCGUAACAUCGGCAUUAAUGUACGCUCAAAUGAGAAUUGUCAUUGUCGAUUAAUCCUACUACGUUAUUUAUUAUACCCAAGACUAUAUCAAUGGUAUAACUUCCGGAGCCUAUCACCUACAUGUACAAGCAUUGCUGUCUCUUUAGGGUCUAUCGUAUUUCUCCUUAUUAUUCUCUUCGUUUGUAUCUGAAAUACCAACAAAAAAAAGUAACAUGCCAAAUGUAAUAUUUAUUAUACACAAGACUAUAUCAAUGUUAUAACUUCCGGAGCCUAUAACCUACAAGCAUUGCUUUCUCUUUAGGCUCCAUCAUAUUCUUCCUCUUAUUCUCUUCGUUUGUAUAUUAAAUACCAACAAAAAAUGUAACAUGCCAAAUGUAAUAAUUUAUUAUACAACAUGUGAAAUAU